AGGAGGAGAGAGAGAGUGUGUGUGUUCUUGUUUCAUUCUUUCACGCCGAUCAUAGAAUACGAAGUAAUAGACUAAGCGAAAGGGAGGAAGAGUAAGGAGGAAGAAUGAAAAACCAGUGAGAGGAAAGGAAAAAAAGUUUGUAUUUUCUCCCGUCGUGUUCCUUUCUCAACGUUCAUCCUUCACGCGCUAAUUGGAGGGGCGGGGCUUACGUCUUGUUCCUCGACCAAUCAUCUGGUAGGGAAACCCCCUAUUGGCGUGACGCUAAUUAGGUGCGGGGAGGGACCGCGGCCCAGCACGGGUUUGACUAGUAACCUAUCAGUAAAAAUCAGAGGGGGGAGCCCUCGCUUUCUUUGCUUUGGAGGUUGCGAUGAUUUCUCACGGAAGAUCGAGGAAUCGACGGAUACGCUUGAAUCCAACUUAGCUAAUGACAUGGACCUGAGUCUACACACGGCGCUCAGUUUCCAGGCACGUCGUGGCGGGUGAACACAGAGGAUUUCCCCUGGACACCACCAGUUCGUCUUCAGCUACGGACUCGUGGGCAGGAUAGAUGGCAGAUGGAGUUUCUUUUGUAGACGUUUUAUGAUUAUUUUGUAACUUAUUUCAGUUGGAAAUUCCUUACUUUGUUUGGUGCAAGUUCUUGCUGUGCCCUGCAUCAAGCAACGCUGUGAAUUUGACGCAAGGCAAUUUGAUUCACGUGGAUCAGGGUAUUGCGAGGCCGAAAGCUUUCAGUUGUAAUUGAAAGAAAACAUCCACGGAUAUAAUUUGAUCCAGACCUUGGCUUGAAUGACAGUGAUUGCCUCUGCUUAAAAUUCCCUCGUGCACCCAGCACGUUACGUCAGCUGGAUUUUGUUUGCCAUAAGCCUUAUAUUCAAGGAGACUUGGUUGUAACUUCUACAUUUUAGGUCAAACAAAUGAGAAAAGGAAUUGACCCAACAACCACGUAGCUGUGGUAAAGAACUGUUUCUCUUGUUUGGAUUAUUAUUGUUUGAGCUCCGGCCGAUGGACGCAGCUCUGCGUGGCACUCAGUCCAGGGCGAAGCUCUCAGCGCAUGUGUGCACUCCCAGGACGCGCCCAUUGUGAGCUCAUACAACUCAUACUCCCACUAUGGCCGGCUUGAGGUGCUGGGGCGCCCUGCUGGUGUUGCAAGUGGUCGCCCUUUGUCACGCCAACAGUCCGCCCUCGCUGUCCGGCACUGUGGUUUCCCGGAAAGUUGCCACUCUGGGCAAGACUACACGCCUGGAGUGUCCAGUGGAUGGACAAGACCCGGAAUUGACCGUAUGGAAGAAAAACGGCCAGUCCAUCGACCCCGCGUGGGAACGAUUUCGGGUAUCUCGAGAGGGACAUUUACGCAUUCGUCACACUGAGAUGGGAGAUGCUGGAAAUUAUACAUGUGUGGCUACCAACGGCUACGGCAGUUUACCUGUCAACUACACUGUUGUUGUUCGUGAUGAAGACAAUGGGAUCGUUCAAGAAGGCAACACACAGUUCAAACUAUCGCCUCAUGAAGAUCUUUACAAAGCAGGAUCUGCUCCAUACUUUGAGGAAUUGGACAGAAUGAAAGAAUCCAUGAACAUGAUAAAACCGACAGGCUCAAAUGUUCGGCUUCGGUGCGCAGUAAAUGGGAAUCCCCGUCCUGUGGUUCACUGGCUAAAGAAUGGCCGGCCGUAUGAGCACAGAGACUUGCAUUCACUGCUCAAAGUCCACGAGAUCAAGGAGAAUGCCAGCUACACGUGUGUUGCCAGUAACAGGCUGGGGCAGGUCAACUUCACCUACAACGUUGGAGUCGUAGGCGAGAUCCGAAAGCCACGUCUGACUGCACCACACCCUCUUAGUCAGACUGUAGCUGUUGGAAAGUCAGUGUCAUUCCAGUGCUUCAUUGAGAGUGUUGUUGAGCCACAAGUGCAGUGGCUGAAACGUGUGGACAAGCCAGAGGACAUCCCACAUCCAAACGUUUCUUCGGUCCAAUACGAGGGAGUAAAGUUUGUGGUCCUGAAGAAUGCUGGUGUGCUACUAGCACUGCCAGAUGGUUCCUUCCUCAACAAACUGGUCCUGCAGAAUGUCCAGCCGAAGGAUGCAGGCAUGUUUGUUUGCCUGGCCACGAAUCGUAUGGGCUUCAACUCACGACAUGCAUUCCUGAAUAUAGCCUCCGGGGCUGGCUUUGACCCUAAUAACGGUAAUGCAAGGAUAUCAGGCAAUCAGUACACCAAUCUCCAGGACUCUGGAUCUGGCGAUUCUUCUCAAGAUUCCUCCGACUCUCACGAUUCCAGUGACGACACCAACCUGCCUCUUCUCAUCGGCCUCCCUUCAUGCGCCGUCCUAGUACUCAUCCUCCUCACUGUCUUUCUCAUGCAGCGUAACAACCGCUGUCGAAACUCCAGCCCUGCGGGCAAAGCUCCCAGACCCCCUGUGCCUACACACGAAAGAGAUGCUUAUUACUACAGCAACUGCCAACCACAGCCACAGACUGUGAACCCUCUGCUUACUUCUCGGGAGAAACUCCCGAAAACACCUACACCUUCAGUUGACAUGACAUGUUCAGAAUUUUCCUCCAUCUCACGAACUCAUCCAAGUCAUCACUACUACCAUCAUAAUCAUAAUAAUAUGAAUUACGGCUAUUAAUGCCUGGCGCUCUGAACUUGGUUUCUUGAACUGUUUUCACGACGAAGAUGGCAAUGUGUGAAAAAACAGAAGUUAUUUACUGUGUGAGAAGGUGCCAAUUUCUGAGUGUGACUGGUGUUGAAUUUGGAAAGAUACAAGCACCCUUUUCAGAAUUUAGCUGUGGUCUUCUAAUUGGAGCAGGAAUGUCAGCAGCAAUUGCCUUCAAUGCGCUUCAUCAUCUCAAGGACUACCAUUGUGGUAGUAUGUUGUAAGACAUUGGUGAGAAGUAUUUCUGGCCAGAAAAACUACUUUUGUGGUGUUGAGGAAGAAAUAUAUCGAAUUUGAAAACAUUUAUUUCAAAGCUACUGACAUCAAAAUGGAAACGUUCUUUCAAAGACAGCUGUUAAUGGCAAGAUGUUUUCUUGUCAUUUAGAUCUACUAUAUUAUUUUCAGUGGAAAAUUUUUUCAAAAUGUGACAAACAGCUUGUUGCAGUUUCCAGUCUGUUUGCUCUCUCAUGUUUACCCUCAAGAUAUGUAAAACUUUGAGAUUUUUGAAAGCUAUUUAAAGCCCAGCAAGAGUUGGGAAUUGUCCUUCAAGUCAAAAGACAUACUGAUUAUGGGGUGAUCAAAAUCCUAAAAACUUUCUGCUUUAGAAUCCCCCAGCAAGGGGUGUGUCAUUUGUUCAGUAGGCAUCAUGCAGGACAACAGAGCACAUGGCUGUGGUUUGAAUCCCCAAUAGGGUGUUCUGAACUUUGGUUGUUUUGGGGAGUUUUUAAGGUUCUCUUCCACUCAUUUGGCUUGGUCCUAUUGGAGAUGGAUGUUAAAUUCGAAGGUCACACUUUUAAAAUAACCUUACAGUGUUAAAAGGGGCAUUAAACCUAUACAAUUUCACAAUAUUUCCCCAUAGAGCAAAUCGCAAAGCUUCAUUUGCCAACUGACAAUACUAACAGUAAAAUGUUAAAUGUAGUGCCUGCGUAUGCUGUGCACUCAACAACGUACUACUUAGUGUCCUUGAUGGCACUGGGCCAUACAGAGGUCAAGGAUUUUUUAAUUUGAGAUGGAUCGAAUGAGCAGUUUCUGACUGUUUUGCUCAAUUUCAAAUGGCCUCGCCCUUGUUCAUAGAGAGAGAGAGAGUGUGUGUUAAUUAAUAUUUCAGCCUUGGAUGUAGCUUUGUUCAUCUUGUGGUCUCAUAUGUGUGCUGAUAUGUCAGUCCCAAGCUUUCAUAAAACAGCUUAACAAUCUGUACUGAAAUUCAUGAUCUUUUUGAAAGAGGAGUCUAAUGAUGAUGAUUCUCUAUUUCUUUUUACAUGGUCAGCUCUCUGAAGAAUACUACAAUAAAACAAUAUCUUUAUGUGGCUCUGUCUGUGCCUUUGAUAUCCGGUUCUAAUGAAUCAUCAAAAGAAAUAUGUGCUUUUUGUUUUUCAUCAUGCUGGGCUUACUCCAUGACCUACACCUGUGUCCCCCAAAUGUUUCCCUUGAAGAUAAGGUUAUUCUUAGUGCCCAUGUGAGGAACAUGCCUCAGUGACAUUAGGGAGCGUUGGGUGGGGACUCACAAAGAUAGCAGCCUAUAGCCUAAAUGAAAUUAAAUCUAACACUGACAGUACAUGCAAAGCAAAAUUUGAAAGCUCUUCAAAAUUGCACUUACUCGUAUUUUAUCAGCCUUGCCUCAAAAAUGCGUGAAAUUUAUUUCUUCUUGGGUGUCAGUUUAAGGGCAAAUCAGCCUACCUUAAGGAUACUGAUUUCUUGCAAAGUUGUGAGACUUGUUUUCUCAUGAGGCUUGAGAGGAAAAACCAAACUUUCAACAAGUUUUGGAAGACUGCUCGGAAAUAUUGUAAUUUCUGAAUGCUGUUCUGAAGCAUUUGAAAAAAAUGUUUUUGUCAGUUGUUUUAAUGACUUAUUGUUGUAAGCUUAUGCACAAGUCAUAUAGUAAGACUUGGGGAGAGUUUGCGAGCAAUAAGAUGUAGUCACAAUGAGCUUUAGAUCUUUAGGUGUGCAACUUUUUAUGCAUUUGGUCAUAGUGCUGUUAAGUUUCUUUUCAUACAACACUGAUUUUGUGAAAUGAUCGUUGAAUUAUUUUGAAGGUUUGUUGUGUCUUUUAAAUGUUUGCAGCAUCAGGACAUAACACAUACUGUUUGUUUUUCUGCUAUGUUGCUCUGAUAAUCUUGUUACAUGAUGUGGAAGCUCAGGGUUAUAAUGGUAAUGAUAUGAUAGAGGGCUGAUUGAGUUGUUUUUCCCCCCUAUGCUCUGAAGUUCUAGAUUUUAGACAUUGAAAAUUAUAUCGGGUCAGACAGACUCAAGCAAAAAUGGUAUUCUGAAUUACUAAAACCUAUAUUGAGUUAACAAUUUUAUCUUAGACUUAUGAAAUCAAUUGACCUGGCUUAUACUUUCUGUGAAGCAAAAGUAUUUAGCCAGUUUCUAUGAAAGUGAAUGGGCUUUUAGACAUCAAAAUUGGACUCAGAUUUGCGACAGGAGUAUUUCUGAUUUCUCAGCAUCUUUAACUCCAGAACCACACCGAGAUAUUUUGAAAAGGUUACCUGCCCAUUAGUUGCUGAAGAAUCAGUGAUGCUCAUGUUGUAUGAUAGUAGUCAUGCACAUGUGAUAGAGGGUCUGAGCAGAUAUCAAUGCCUGACGUGUGGGUUGAAUGGCAGCUUGGAUGCAAUGAGUAGUCUUUGUACAAUGGGUUAUUAUCUCCUUCUUAAAGCAGCAUUUUGAACGCUUUAUGUCUGAGGACUCAUUUGAAUAACACAUGUAGUACAUUUUUUUAAACCUAUUGUGUUGACCUAAAAGUUGCUGGCUUUUGGUUCUUUUGGCUGAGUCUGAUCUCUGAUAAUACAAGUGUGUAUGUCGUCUUGUGUGAAAGUAGCACUGGUACGACAAUGACUGAGGAUUCUAAUUUGAAAGCAUGUGCCCUGUAUGAUUGAGAAUUGUGACAUUUCAAAGAAUGUAAAUUCUGUAUUGGUUGAGUCUGUGGGAUGAGCCAUGAAAAUCCAGAUUGGGUGAAUUGUUGUCAAGAAAGAGUAUUUUGCUGGGCAUACUUGUUAUAUAAUGUACAUAAAAAAAUUAUAUGAAAUGUCAUAAUACAUGCAUGUAUAGCUGCCUUGCUGCAACUAUGUACUUAAUUAUGUGGGGAUAGAAGCUGUCUUUUAUGCACUUGUAACAGUUCACUUACUUGAUAGCAAAGAUAUCACUAGACUAGUUUGAAGACAUAAUAAAAUUGUUUUAUGUUUCUUUUCAUUUAAAAGAAAUGGUUCAGUUCCUCUUUUUCAGAGAGGUCGCCCAAGGCAUUAUUUUGGUAUUUUCGUCCCUUUUGCAUAAGUUUCUUCUAGAUAUUAGAUUUAAACAAGUAGAUGUAAGGUUAAGGUGCAUUUUUGCAUCUUCACUUUCUACAUUUAAAUUCUAUUCGCAAAAAAUUUAUAUGAAAAUAACAGGAAUGGAUAUUUGGAAAGUUAAUGUUCUUGGUCAAGGGACUGUCAAUAAAGGGAAACGGAGUGACAGAAAUGAAUAACUGAAUGCUACAUCUUAAAAAAUAAUGCUGAAGUAGUACAGCUUGAGUUCACCUGUCAACUGCCCCAUAUGCUUUACAUAGCUCAACUAGACAGCUGGUGACUGUUUGGCCAGGGUAGUAAGGGUGUGUAAGGUGAAAACAUUUUUUUUUAUAAACAUAAAAAAGUAUACUGUUUAUGAAAGAUGGGGUGUCUGGGGGGGGUUUGCCAAUCAUAAAACUAAGUUGUGGCUAAGAUUGAAAUAAAAAGCAAUAGGUGAUGCAGAUUUCAAGCAAUUCAAUAAGCCAAAGUAUUUAUAUUUUUGUUCUGAUAAAGUGUGGCAUGACUGGUGACAGGAGAUCUCUGCUGAGAGGCUCAUAUCUGGCACUUUCACGAGUAACACACGCAAUUUUGCUGUCUAGAUAGCAUGAAAGAAAUACAUUCAUUCACUUCUUUGAUAUUUUGAUAUGUGUGAAUGUAGGUAAGUUAAUGGCAAAUGUUACAUAAGACCGUUGACAAUCACUUGGAUUCAUUUGGAUUGAUUUUUUUUUUUUCAGAGCAAUACUCAGCACCACUUAAGUUUCAUUUCAGAGUCAUGUUACCUUUAUUUUCAUUAAUAAAGGUUGAUUAUGUUGUUUUGGCUACUUGAUUGUGACCUUCAUUUUGAUAUUAUUUUGGUGAGAUAGUGCGCUUUUAUAUCUUGUUAUUAUUCAUAUAUUGAAUGGUGGUGUAAAGAAAUCACACCUUCUUUAUUUUCAAAGGCUUUAGGGUUCAACAAAUUAAAUUUGUGCAGACUUCUGCGUCUAAGAAUGGUCAAGAUUUUAAUUGUUUCUCUGAGGUCAUAAAAGAUUCGAGUCAGUUUUUGCUGAUUCAUUUGUCCUUGCUGUGUUGAAGACCAGAUCGCAGGACUGUUUCUUUCACCCAGAGCCUGAUUCUCCAAAUCAUGUACACUGCAGCAAACCUUGAUGUUGAGUUAAAAAGUUUGGUUUUUUUUCUGAGAAUUGCAUUAUGAAUUAUAAGUUCAUCCCGUCAGGAAUUUCGGAGUUAUGUGUUUAGUACACAGAGCAUAAAGUAUUUAUUUUUUCUUUAGAUUGAUCACUAUUUCUUCAGAUGGAAAGAGCCAUUGAUUGAAAGAGACAUUUGAUUUCUUUCUUUUCCAUUUUUGCUACAUUGACUGUGAUUCACUAGAUCUAAUGUUUACAGCUCCACCAUUAAUGUAAAUCAUUGUGAGUUGUUUCAUUACAUCAUUUUUUUGUUCCUGUGUAAUUAUAGUUUUCCUUAGGUGUUAUGUUGCACCUUGUAUAUAUACUUUGUUGCAAUAUUCUUUUCCUGUUACUUUUGUACUGGUUUCAUUUUAGAGGUAGAAAAACAUUCUCUUUAUCUGUUUAUCUAGUUAGGUGGGGAACUUGAACAUUAUAGAAAGAGAUGGUGUGAUUUCUUUAGUACAUGAUAACCCAUCUUCAUAUAUUUUGCUAAUCUUUUUAGUGUUUUUAUACUAUGAAUCUCAUACAGAGAAUUUUGUACAUGUAUAGGUUUCCUUAGAGGGUUGAGUAGGUUCUAAUGACAUCUUAUGAGCUUAACAUAAUAGACAAUGGAUCCAAGUUUUUUAAUGUAGGUCUGACUUGAAGCUUCUGUCCCCAUUUUUUCACUUUUGGUUUGAGCAAAGUAAAGGGAUGAUAUUUUCUGGCCCACUCCUGUAAAACAUCAAUAAUUUACUCCAAAAUAUUCAAACUUGCAUGAGAUAAUUUAUGGGGGGUUGAAAGCUCCAAAUUCCUAAAAUGUUUUACAUUCAAUUCAUUUCUGAAUAUUGUUCAUGUUUGAAAUCACAAUAUUUAAUUGAAAAUUUAAAUAAAAAACUAUCAAUGAACAGAAUGGAAUACAUUCUUGACGAAGACAAUCAAAUAUCUUUUUUAAACUGGUACCUUUAUUUUGAAAGAUCAAGGAGCAAUUUUUUUUCUCUGUGAGAUUUGAAAUAACUUUCUUGCUUUGUUUUCUAAUUAUCUUUUCUGUGAUCUUUGGGAAACUUGGACCUGUAGUUGGACUCAGUGAAUUCCUUUCUCCUUUUUAACCUUAUGUUCAUAGAAAAAAAUAUUCACGUUGUACAUGUUUAUUGUUUAAAAUUUUCAUGUUUUCAGAAUUUUAUUUGUGUUAACAGCCAUCAUCAAAGGGUAAAUUGUAAUGACUAUAUAUGGCGCAGUAAUUAUGUUUAUGUUUUAGUGUUUACAUCAGUGUAUAUUUGUGUUUAUGUAUGAUGAGCAAAAGAAUUGAUGCCUCCAAUGGAUGAAUGAUUAUUUUCUUUUCAUUAUGCAUGAUAUGAGAUACAAAGAAGUGUUUUAUAUUGGUUCUUGACAAAUGAAUAAAAGAAAUGUUUUGAGAAAUGAA